AUGACCAGAGCAUUGCAAGACAGGCUGGCACUGGCCAAUGUCAAGAUCAAGCAUGGCUGGGAGAACCUCAGUAUCGACUCCAUCGAGCCUCACAUCGACCAACAACUCAAGCGUAAACGGACCGCCUCGAGCAUCAACGACAGCUACUCCGACACCUCGUCCAGCGUCUCAAGUCGCUUCCACUACAUCCCCGGCAUGGCCUCGUCGCCCAUGACUGCCCCCAUCUUCUCCGACGAUAUGCCUCGGCUAGGCAGUUCUCACAGCAGUCUCCAUGGCAGCACCCACAGCAGCAAACGUCCGAGGUUCGCCGACGUUCACAGAUAUCCUGCUUCGAGCAGCCAGACUGGUCGCAAGACUCGUAGCGCUCUCGCCGUACAAUCGUGGAAGAGGUCACACAGGCUUCCGGAAUCCUCUCCUGUCUAUCACAACAGAACCGCGGUCUUUCCCUCAACCCUCCAUGUUCCGAAACUGUCCUUCAUCUCCGAAGGCUCCAGCCUCAUCGACGAUGCUCCCUCUCCCGAACUGUCCGAAGACGACGACACCGAUCUCCCUGUACACUCGUUCCAUGUCGAUAGCGACCUCUACAAUAUUCGCUCAUCACCUCCCAAGACGCCACCCCCUCAGCACCGCUUCUCCCGCACAUCCAAAGAUGGUGACAACGAUUCUGGUCUGUUCGGUUUCAAUACUUCUCCUACUCCAGCGAACGGUGUCAGUUCUCGAGUCAUUGUCCCAACCACACCUCCUUCCAAAACAACCCCUCUACCAUCAUCCAUGAUGCAGACCCCUGGGGGAAGCAACGGUCUCUUCGGCUUUGCACUGAACACGCCUUCCAACAACUUCAAUUUCGCCGACUUCUGCAACGUUACGCCGAGUCCUGCCCAAGUCAACUGGUCUGCCAACAAAAGUCCUUUAUCGGCACGCGAGCCACACCGAAAGCUCAAUUUCGACGGCCUCUUGCAACCAGGUUCCAGCCCUGAAGUAGCGAGAUUCACCAGCGGUGGCACUCUGGAAUUUGGAGCCCUCCUCCAAUGA